UUUCAGGGGGUGAGUGCAUGUCCUCUGUCCCAUGGCUCUGCAGGAGCUGGGCAUCAGCCUGUCCAUGAUCGGCGUGGCUGGGACCAUCCUGAUCUGCGCCCUGCCCAUGUGGAAGGUGACGGCCUUCAUCGGCACUCACCUGGUGGUCAUGCAGGUGUUCUGGGAGGGCCUGUGGAUGACCUGUGUGAGCGAGUACACGGGUCAGCUGCAGUGCAAGCUCUACGACGCCCUGCUGGACCUGGCGCCCGACCUGCAGGCCGCUCGGGGCCUCAUCUGCAUCAGCCUGGUGCUGGGAUGUUUGGGAUUCCUCGUCUUCCUCCUGGGAGCCCGCUGCACCAACUGCCUGAGCCACCCGGGGAUAAAGGCCCGGGUGGUGCUGGGCUCCGGGGCCGUCUUCUGCCUGUCGUCGCUGACCACCAUAGUGGCCGUUUCCUGGACGGCCAACACCGUCAUCCGGGACUUCCACAACCCGCGGGUCCCCGAGGUGCUGAAGAGAGAGCUCGGAGCCGCCAUAUACAUCGGCUUCGUGAGCUCUGGGCUGCUGUUCUGUGGGGGGGCCAUUCUGUGCACCAGCUGCCCGCCUCGGAGGCCCAGGUUCCCCUCCAGCGGGUACAGCCGGGCCAGGAGCCCCCCCCAAGGCAGCUAUGCCAUCAAAAACUAUGUCUGAAGUCAGAAUGGAAGGAAUAACUAACACAUCUUGAACUGUGCAAUGUAGUAACAUGGCCAAAUCUAGAUAAACAUCAAAUCUCAACUCUGAGAAAGGACUUUGCUUUAUACAUUUCAAUUUGUUGUAAUAAUAUAAGAAUAUUAUCACCUUUACUUUGAUUCUUGUUUAAUCUUUGUGGACAUUAAAGUGUUGUAAUGAGCAGUUGAACUAUUAGAUGCUUAUAACAGGAUGUGUAUUUCACUGCUUGUCUGAUACAGCUGUGGCAAACGGGCAUUUCUGUUUUUAUAAUAUCUGCCAACUGCACCAGUGGAUCAUCGUAUGGAAUUAAGUUUACAUUUUUUGCCAGUUCCUUUCAACUAAAGGAA